UCUACAUUGUCCACCAUCUUACCUCAACACCUCAACUCAACUGUUUUCUUCAGAGCAUGCUAUAGUCUUCAUUACACUUUCCUCAGUCUUCUCGUCCAUAGUUUCAUCCAUCAUCAUCCGACAGUGGGACAUUAAUUAUGGGUGUGAAGGGCCUUUGGGAGCUGCUGCAUCCAGUUGCACGCCCCAUCAAACUAGAAAAUCUAUCCAACAAGUAUUUGGCUAUUGAUGCCAGCAUCUGGUUACAUCAGUUUCUUCGGGGUAUGCGCGACAAAGAAGGGCAGGUUAUGGGGAACGCACACAUCAUUGGGUUCUUCCGCAGGAUAUGUAAGCUUUUGUACUACGAUAUCAAGCCCAUCUUUAUCUUUGAUGGCGGCACGCCUGCAUUGAAGCGCCUCACAAUCCAAGAGAGGCGCAGACGUAAGAAGCAUGAUGCAAAUAUGGUGAAACGUACGGCUGAGAAACUUUUGGCGGCACAGCUUCGGUUACGUGCACUAGAACAACGCAAGGCAACACGGAAGAAAAAGACAAGGGACAAAGAAAGCAAGCAGGAUGAGGCCAUACAUGAUUCUGACAAGGAUCCAAUGUACUUGCAGGAGCUACAGAAUGGAGAUUUAAGUCCUGAAGAGAGAGCAGUUAUGAUUAGUGCCAUCAAACCAGGGAUCGAUGCAGCGGUGACCAGCGGGAGCCAGGCGAAAAGGAAUAAAGAUAAAUACCUGCUCCCCCCUAUGGAGGUCGAUUUUGAUACGCUCUCCAAGAUUCGAAGCAACGAUGAGCGUUUUGGCUAUGAUAUUGAUGAUGAUGUGAGUCGAUUCCUGAAUGAAUUCAAGAAGGAAGAUGGCGUCGCUAAUAUUGACUCGGAUGUUUUCAAAGCUCUUCCAUCAGAAAUGCAGUACGAAAUUUUGCAUGAUAUUCGCCUGCGCUCUAGAGUAACGUCUUAUGAGCGUGUGCAAGACAUGGUUCGGUCAUCAAAUACGCCUAUGGACUUUUCAAAGCUACAGAUUCAAGGGGUCAUUCGUCGCAAUAAUGUAACACAUAAGCUGCUCACAGUAAAUCAGGCUGUUAAUAAGAUGGAUGAAGUUGCAAAGCCUGGUAGAAUUGCUUCGCAACGGAAUCGACAGUAUGUCUUGAUCAAAAAUGAGGAUGGAGGAUGGGUCUUGGGUGGCAGGAAGCCAACAACAGGAGCGACUGCCGAUAAGCCCGUACAACUAGAUUCUGAUGAAGACGAGGACAAAGACAAUAUCGAAAUCAAAGAUGAAGAUGGUUGGGAGAGCGAAAGUGAAGAGGACAAUGAUGUCGAAUUUGAGGAGGUCAAAAUCUCUCGAGUGGAGCCCACCAUAAAGUCAGAAGAGCCUAUAAAUGCAAUAGCCCCCAAGAAAACUGUCGACAUUAAUGACAGUAACUUACUUAUAAAUCAUCUGGAAGCGUAUGUGGAUGAAGAUGAGUCGAUUGAGAAGGUUAUGGCCAAGUUUGCAGAAGUCGAAAACGAAGCUGCUAGGAAGUUAUCUGCAGACCCUAUACCAACACGUCCUGGAGAUGGGUUCCCUGGAAGUUUGGAUGAAGAAAGCGGGCAGCAAUUGGUCGGCGAAAAGGAUACCGUCCAAAUUCAGGAUGCAACAAGCCGUCAUUUGGUGGGAAGAGACUUAAGGUUGAAAAAGGACCACCAUUGGUCCGAGGCGCUCACUGGAACCGAAGAGAUUGAAUCUAUGGAUACAGUACACUCCUUGGAUGCGCAGUACUCAGACAAUGCUGCGGACUAUGACGACACGGCAGAAAUGAUUGAGGACGAGCAAACAGGUGAUAUCGUGACCAGGAAGGUAUAUAAUACAAGACGCCAAGGUGGGGCGUAUGAGCCAGGCAGAAGGGCGCUUCCUAUUACGGAGGAGGCAGAGCUCGACAAUCAGGCAUUUCACGGCUACUGGACAGGGUAUACGCCCGACUGCUUUAAGAUCAAACACGAAGAUUACGAAUCCAAGAUCAGAAGCUCUAUUUAUGAGUGGAACGAGGAAACUAUCCGUGUAGAGGUUCACUCUGCAACGAGAAAACUCGAAAAAUCAAGCGUCAAUGAUACCGUUGGUGUUGAAGCUCUUAAAUUUUGGAAGGCAUUUUUGGAGUCUUUGCUUCAUCGACUGCAGGCAAGGCGUGUCCACAUCGCCCAAAACGUACCUGUGAAUUCUUCAACUGGCUUAACAAUCGAGCGUAAGAGCCGACUUUCACGGACGAUCUUACUGGAAGAUGAUGAUGAUGACGGAAAUAAUAUAGAUAAUUUAAAGAGAGUGAGUGCGGAAGAUGAGCCUAUGCGGCGCCAGAAGUCUGCAACACCCAUCAGCCCUGCAGAUGUAGGCAGCAUAUUAACUCCAACAAUCGCCAAUGAGUCGUCACUUUCAUUAAUUGCAAACCAGGAAAAUCCGGAGACAAUGAUACUAUCCACUGAACAAAAAGUGCCCCUCGAGCUGCCAACAAUUUCUCAGCGCCCUAUUCUUGAUUUCAGCUCAUCGAUUUUGAAGCGCCGUGUCCCCAGCAUCAUCUCAGACGAGGUUGAAAUAGGGACGUGUGCUGAGGAUUCCAUAGUAAAGCCAGCUUCUGAAGUAUAUUUUGAGCCGCUAGAGGAUUCAGUAAAGGAAGCUUCGGUUGAAGAAGAGACCACAAUGGGCCCUGUAAUCGAAGCCUCCACUAGUAGUUCUGCAUUGGAGAGCGAAAACAAAUCGACCAUUGAGGUGCACUCUGAGCCUGUGAGCGAUGAAAUGGACAAUAAACUGGCUGAGGAUACUCUGGUUGAACGCCGAGAAACAUCGCCUCUGCCGGACAAGGAAGUUGAAGAAAUCAGUUCCAAUUUGGUUUUGGCAGGAGAGCUUGACAACGAGGAAGAGGAGGACAAGGACGAAGAUGAAGCUCAUGAGAUGAACUUGGAGGACGAGGAGCAAAAUUUCACUAAAUUAUUCCCUGACAUGGCCAAUUUACCGGGUGUAGUAAAUCCCAGGGAGGCAUCACCAAUCGCGUCAGCUGUUGAAUCCUCGCAAUUAACACUUAGUGUGGAAGAGAAGGAGGCAUUGGAUCAGCAAGAAGCGAAAAAGAUGUUUGAAGAAACGAGGCGAUUGGAAAGUGAAAUCAAGGUUUUACGGGAUCAACAUCGAAAACACCAACGAGAUGCAGACGAUCUAACAGAAGGUAUGGUAGCCGAGACUCAAAUGCUCUUACGGCUUUUUGGUAUUCCAUACCUUGUUGCUCCCAUGGAAGCAGAGGCUCAAUGUGCUGAUCUCCAACUACGAGGUGUUGUUGAUGGUAUCUUGACGGAGGAUAGCGAUGUCUUCCUCUUUGGGGGAGCUCGCGUUUUCAAGAAUAUGUUCCGAGAAGAGAAGUUUGUGGAGUGCUAUUUGAUGAGUGACAUCGAACGUGACCUUGGUGUCGGAAGAGACCGAUUGGUGGCAUUAGCUUAUCUCCUUGGAAGCGACUACACGGCAGGCAUCAAAGGCAUUGGCCUAAUUACCGCAAUGGAGAUCAUUCGACUGUUCCCAAAGCUGGAAAACUUUGCACGAUGGUGGAGAGGCGAGCAAUAUAAAAUGGAAGGGGUUGGCGACGCUAACAAGGGCGAUAGUGAUGGCGGAUUGACAGAGAUGGAACUAGAUUCAAUCGAUGAAGUAGCCCUUGAGAAACUCGCGAAACAAUGUAGAAAGAUCCAUAUACCACCGACAUUUCCAGAUCCUCAUGUCGCAGAGGCCUAUAUUCAUCCAUUAGUAGAUGAUGACCCAGCCAAGUUUCAAUGGGGGAUCCCAGAUUUGGAUGGCUUACGUGAUUUUCUUCGUAAAUCAUUAGGAUGGGACCGCAGUGAGGUUGAUCGAGUCCUGUUACCCAUAAUUCGGCAAAUGUCAAGUAAACAACACCAAACUCAAACCUCAUUGGAUAGCUUCUUCGAUGCGUCUGUCGGAACCGGCGGCUUUCAAUCACCUGCCAGGAAAAUUGUGCACAAGAGCACGCGCUUGAAGAAAGUUGUUGAUCGAUUAACGGGGCAUGACCUACAAAAUGAAGGGAAAGGUGAUAACAAACCGAUUAAGAAACCUUCGACUAAGCGAAAGUCUACAACUUCCGAAAAGGACAAGUCUCCUGCUAGUACUAACAGUGAGGAUGUGGUCAAUGACUCAGAAGUCACCAAACAAGUGGCAAACAACAAUAUGUGCGACGAGGACAAUGUCGAUGAUGAUGAAGAGGGCUUUGUGGAUGAAUUGGAGAAGAAAAAGCGAAGGACUAGCCGGAGCAAGGGCAUAAGGAGCACACAAACUAAGGUUCCUGAGGCGGUUGUUGCUGCUAAACGCCAACUUCAAUCCAAAAAUGUGAAUGUUAAACUGGCAGAGCGUAAGCGAAACCAUGCGGCUAUAACCAAAGCCCCAUUAGCAUCCAAGGCGACAUCCACAAAUACAGAGAAUAACAAUGAUGAGCAUAUCAUAAAUAGCAAACGUGCUAAACAAGGGUCUGAUACCGAGGAUAGUGGUAGUGACGAGGACCAAGACAAUUCUACGCUUAGUCACUGGGACCUGCUUGCAGAGCAGCAGCGCAAACGAUUGUCACAGGACCAGGAUCAGGAUCAGGAACGGGAACAGUCCCCAAGAAAGGGGAACACGGCAUUCGGUGUAGCUUCAUCAUUGACAGCGAUGGUUUCGGCUUCGAACGUCGCACGAUAUGGAUCAAGCUUCCGAAAUAAAGAAACUGGCGGUGAUGGCUCAAAGUCUGGGAAGCGUACAGCACAGGGCGUCAAAAAGGGGAGGGUCUCUAAAAGAUAGUCGUCUACAAUAUGUAAUAUGAAAAAGUAUGUCUUUUUAUUAUAGACAUCAUAAGAACAUACAGAUUUAUUAUUAUUAUUAUAAACAUUUUUGAUGACUCACUGG